AUGGAUAAUAACUCUACGUAUUUUCACACUCUAGCUAAUAGAAGGAUGUGUAGGAAAAAUAUUGAUUAUAUUUAUGAUAAUGAUGGUCAUUGGUAUGAUAGUAGAGAUGAUAUAGCUAACAUUCUUGUUUCCCAUUUUAGUUCUGUUAGCUGUUCUUCUUUACAAUAUAUUCCUAAUGAUAUUUUUGAUACUAUACCAACUGUUAACACUGAUGAUCUUUUUGAGUCUUUUACUAAAAUACCUACUACUGAAGAUAUUCUUAAUAAAAUUAAGAAUAUGGCCUCUUGGAGUUCUCCAGGGUCAGAUGGCUUUCAAGCUGGUUUUUAUCAAGCUAAUUGGACUAUUGUAGGUAAUGAUGUGGUACAAGCUGUUCAGAGUUUCUUUACUACUGGUAACAUGCCUAGAAAAUUCAAUAAAACUUAUCUUUCUUUGAUUUCUAAAACUGAUGUUGCUAAACAACCUGUUAAUUUUAGACCUAUAGGUUCCCCUAAGAAAUUUUGUAAGUACAUUGAACAAUGUGUUUCUACUACAAAAAUUUCUAUUUUACUCAAUGGUUCGCCAACUUCUGAGUAUAGCCCUACUAGAGGUUUAAGACACGGGGAUCCUCUAUCCCCUUAUCUAUUUAUCAUUACUAAGGAUUAUUUAUAUAGAUUUAUUAUCCAUGCUUCUUCUAAUCAUGUUAUUGUUGGUGACAAAGCUGCUAGGAAUGCCCCUGCCAUCACUCAUCUCCUUUUUGCAGAUGAUAUUCUAAUUUUCACCAAAGCAGAUAUGCAUAAUGUUGCAGGUAUUCUGGAUACUCUCUCUCUUUUUGGUAAAUAUUCAGGUCAAAUGCUUAAUUUUCGUAAGUCUAGUGUUUACUUUAGUAAUAACAUUAGUCAUGCUACUAGAAUUGCUCUAUUUAAUGCUCUUGACAUGACAGAAAUGAAAGAUUCAGACAAAAAGAUUCUAUCUAGAGACAAUUUCUGGCGGGGAAAGGAUGGUAGUGGUAAAGGCAUUUACUUUAUAGGAUGGGAUAAGCUACGAAUUCCUAAGGCUCUUGGUGGCUUACGUUUUCGAAAUUUGGAAAACCUAAAUACUGCUUUACUGUCUAAGGUUGCUUGGAAAGCCUGCAACGAAGAAGACACCCUUUGUUAUAAGGUUCUUAAAGCUAAAUAUUAUAAGAAUGAUAAUAUACUUCACCUAGAUAAACUUAAGGAUGAUUGUUCUUGGUUAUGGAGAAGCAUUUAUUCUGGACUUGAAGUUGUUCAAAAACAUGCUAGAUGGUUAGUUAAAAGUGGUACCAAGAUUAAUAUUUGGCUAGAUAAUUGGGUUAUAGGUCUUAAUAGCGCACCUGUUAAAAGUGGUACCAAGAUUAAUAUUUGGCUAGAUAAUUGGGUUAUAGGUCUUAAUAGCCCAGUUGUGGGAUCUUCUAGUUAUGAAAAUUAUACUUUUGUUUGUGAUCUAUUCUUGUCAGGUACUAGACAAUGGAAUGAAAAUAUUAUAAAUGCUCUCUUUUCUCAUGAUUGUGCCAAUUUAAUUUUAAGUAUGAUAAUUCCUCCUACAAGUAAAGAUACUUUGAUUUGGUGUCAUGAUAGAAAAGACAAUUUUUCAGUUAAAAGUGCCUAUAAUACUAUUUGUUUUGAUGAAGUGAAUUCUGUUGUUGUUGUUGGUAGUAUUAUCCCAACAGAUUCUAACAUUCCUGGUUUUUGUUUAGCUGAAGAAUCUCUUGUUUGCAGGAUUUGUAGGCCACCAGAAAAGGAUUUUGUGAAAGUUAACAUAGAUGGUUCCUAUACCUUUAACACAAAAAAAGGGAGUGUUGGACUAAUUAUUCGUAAUCAUGCAGGGGACUGCCUAGGAGCUAAAGGGAAAAGCUUUACUGAGGAAGUGGAAGAAUGCAAAGAAAUGGAACAAGCAGUGGAUUGGAUGGAGGAAUUGGGAUUAACAAAGGUCAUCUUUGAGAUGUAUUGUGAAAUACUAGUAAAAUCUAUAACUGAUGAAGAACUACAAGUUCAUUGGUAUAAUCAAACUCUUCUCCAAGUUAUUAAGAAUAAAUUUAGAAAUAAUCAGUUUUGA